AUGCGCUUAUAUAACUCCCAACUCCCUUUGUCAGCAAACACAUUCUCGCCUAGUACUGGACUUUAUCGACGACUUCGUCUUGAUAAAAUUCUAGGCGUCUCGAACACCCUUCAUUAUUCAUCAAGACUAAGUGUUUCAAAUUCUGGAAACUUAUAUAUUGCCGCCAAGUUCUCGCAUCUUUCAUUCAGAAAACAAAUCUCAUACUCGAGAAAGAACAAGUUUUUUGAUCAAACACCAUACGCUUCCACUGGUGGUACUUUUUCAAACAGAUUCCAACUCAUCUCACCACCAACAUUUUCUCAACUACAAAGUCGCUGGAUUUCUACUUCUCUAUUUAAUUCUAUAACUAUGUCUCAUUCAAAAGUUGCUAUUAUUGGAUCUGGUCCUGCUGGCCAUACUGCUGCUAUCUACCUGGCCCGUGGUGAAUUAAGCCCUGUCAUGUACGAGGGUAUGCUUGCCAACGGUAUCGCCGCCGGUGGUCAAUUAACCACCACAACCGAUGUCGAAAACUUUCCCGGAUUCCCUGACGGUGUUAACGGCACUGAAUUGACUGAGAAGUUUCGUGCCCAAUCCGAACGUUUCGGUACUACUAUUGUCAGUGAAACUGUUUCCAAAUUGGAUCUUUCUUCUCGUCCCUUCAAGUUUUGGCUAGAAGGCGCGGAAGAAGGUGCUCCCCUUACCGCCGAUAGUGUCAUUUUGGCUACUGGUGCUUCCGCCCGUCGUCUUCACAUCCCUGGUGAAGAGAAGUAUUGGCAAGCCGGUAUCUCUGCUUGCGCUGUCUGCGACGGUGCCGUCCCCAUCUACCGUAACAAGCCUCUUGCUGUCGUUGGUGGUGGUGACUCUGCCGCUGAAGAAGCCCAAUUUUUGACCAAGUACGGCAGCAAGGUCUACGUUUUGGUCCGUCGUGAGAAGCUCCGUGCUUCUCCUAUCAUGGCUAAGCGUUUGCUCAAUAAUCCCAAGGUUGAGGUUCUCUGGAACACCGUUACCGAGGAAGCUCAAGGUGAUGGCAAACUCUUAAAUAACCUUCGUGUAAAGAACACCAUUACCGGUGAUUCGUCUGACCUCAAGGUCAGCGGUCUUUUCUAUGCCAUCGGCCACAUUCCCGCUACCGAUCUUGUUAAGGGACAAGUCGAAUUGGAUGCUGAAGGCUACCUUCAGACCAUUAACGGUACACCUCACACCUCCAUCCCAGGAUUCUUUGCCGCUGGUGAUGUUCAAGACAAGGUUUAUCGCCAAGCCAUCACUUCUGCCGGAAGCGGUUGCCAAGCUGCCCUCCUAGCUAUGCACUAUAUUGAAGAAUUGGAAGAUCAAAACACCAACUAA